GGUGCCGACACCGCCGAGUGGCCCACUGAGCCCAACCUCUGAAACGGACAGAAGAGCAGUAUUACCCGGACGGUCGCGGUAGCCUUCUGGCGCGGAUAUUUUUCUUUUUUCUGGAUCCUAAACAUCACAAAUAAAUCGCGGGAUGCCUUCAAAUAAAAACGUCCAAGGAGGGAAAGCCUUUGGACUGUUAAAGGAGCAGCAGCGGCAGAAAUUGGAAGAAAUAAACAAGGAAUACUUGGAAGACCAGAAAUACAGGGAUGAAGAAGACCUGGCUGAAAAAUUGGAAGGUUUCAAAAAUAAAUAUGCUGAGUUUGACCUGACUGACGAAGGAGAGAUUGAUCUGAUGGGUCUGAAGAGGAUGAUGGAGAAGCUAGGGGUACCCAAGACCCACUUGGAGUUGAAAAAAAUGAUCGUGGAGGUGACUGGCGGCAGCAGCAGCAACACUAUUGACUACAGGGACUUUGUCAAGAUGAUGUUGGGCAAGCGCUCAGCUGUGCUCAAACUAGUGUUAAUCUUUGAGGACAAAGCCAACGGGUCUCCCUGCAAGCCAGAUGGACCCCCUCCAAAGCGGGACAUUGCUAGCCUGCCUUAAGUCAAAAUGUCAGCCUCCAGACUGCUAGUGGAGUAGAGGGACCAUCGGCGGCUGCUUGGAAUUGAGCUGUUCUCUUAACAUGUGGAGUGAUGUAUUAGUGUGGGACCAGUGAUCGAGGAUAUUAUUUUGUGAUUUACAGUGCGUGCAAGGUAUCUGUUAUUUGGAAGACUGAGCCCACGACUGGCUAAAUGAUGUUUGACUGUGAAUAUUAUUAUUCAUCUUUUUUCCUUAAUUAAAAUGUAGCAUUGAUAGUUGUACAUGUAAUCUGCUUGAUAAAUUAAAUUCUGUAGUAAGUGUUUCAUGGUUAUACUUUAAGGGAAGAUGCGUUCAUUUUAACGGCGUGAAAGUAGGACGCUUUAGGAGAAGCACAAGGAAAAGAAGCAGUUUUUCCAACACAUUUUUGCACUGUCCUCAGUGGUCUCGGCAUGGAUUCUUGCCAGGCUAAUCUUGGUCAGCGUCUCACUUUUAGAUCAGGUGCCAGAGAUUACAGGCCCAGCCCAUUUCCUCUGGGUCAAAGGCAUCAGCCCUCAGAGCUCGAAUACUGAUCUGGAAUCAGUAACUAGGCUAUCAUGACCACCUCAUGAUCUGAAAAACAUUUUUUUCUGCAUUUUGGAUAUUCAUUCACAUCAGCUGAGAGAAGAAUAAGUGAUCAUGUUGACCGUGGGACUUUCAGUAUCAUUCAUUGUGUGGCUUGAUGACCAUAAGCAAAUUUGACUCAGUUUUAGAUCUGUAAGGUUAAGCAUAUGUUCAUUUUGGAAGGAGUGUGAUUUACAGGCACACAAAAACUCUACAAGCAUAACAAAUGUACAUAAUAUACUACAUACAGUACAAUCAUAUUCUUUCCAAGUGCCUCAACAUGCAGAUACUGUAGAGCUCAAACACACAGAUUGAAAAAAAAAAAGGAGGGAGUGCACACAGGUGUUCAGUUCAAGCAGUCCUUUUAGCUUACUAAUUCCAGAAAUCCACAAAAUCAUGUUCUUUGGCAUUUGGUAAGGUAGUUUUAAUGAUGUUUGUUGAAUUUUAUUGAUAUGGUGUGUAUUAUUGCUUUCCACAACAUUCUGAGUGAGUGAGGUUCACAAGUGGUGGGUUUUUUAAAAAAUGUAGUUUCUAUGUAUUUUCCCUUUUCUUACCAUUAUUUUUUAUGUCACAGCACACAGAGUUUAACAUGUUUAUUGGGUGAUUUGACUGUUGAGGUUACCGUGUAUUUGUCAUGUUAUUAAUUUCUUUUCUUGUCUUGGAUUCAUUUUUCUCCCCCCACAUUUUUUUUUCAUCAGCCAGCAAUGUGUGUCUGUUAAACUGUCCUGUGAAUUCUGUUAUUUGUGCCUCAGAGUUUGUCUCCAGUUGAAAUGUUCCUGUAACUCACACUAUUUACUGUGAAAUUCGUACUUGUCGUAUUUUUAACUCACUUAACACAUUUUAAACUAUUCUGUUCUUCUGUUUCCAGUCUGAUAUUUUAGUGUUGUUUAACUAUCAGUAAGAUGCACAUUUUUUGCAGACACCAAAGGAAUUAAAAUUCUUCUUACACUGGCCUGUUAAGUUUUGAAAUGUUCAUUGUGGUGAUAGAGACCUCUUUUAAACUCUUGACACAUUUUGAGUUUGGAUGAAAAAUGACAAACAAGCACACAAAUAGAUUUAACUAUUUGAGUUUCAUUGAAAUAAUGUUUUCAUUCCAUUUUGUUUUCCUCAUUAACUUUUCAUGUUGCAUAAUGUACGUGCGGCUGUAUGCAUUACAUACUGUUGAGCAAUAAAAAUGUUUUCAUGAAAAAGUAAAUAGCUACUAGUGCAAACAAUCCCUUAAA